AUGUCGUACGCAGAUUUGAAAGACAAGGUAUUUGUUAUUACGGGGGCUGCAGCGGGCAUGGGCCAAGAUGUGGCGGUAAGACUCGUCCAGCAAGGGAGCCGUGUCGGUCUUAUCGACCGGGAUCAACCUACACAGACUCUUGAAAAGAUCAAAGAGGCUGGAGGUGAGGCUGUCAGCUUCAUUUGCGACGUCAAGAAUAGCAAAGCCAUUGACGAUGCGGUUCGAAAGAUUGCUGAAAAAUUUGGCCGGCUCGACGGGGCCGCCAAUAUGGCAGGAUUUGUGGCGAGCCAUGGGCUCGACAAGAUUACUGACGAAGACUGGGACGGCCUGCUUGGGGUAAAUCUCAACGGGGUCAAAAACUCGAUUGUAUCGGAACUCCGCCACAUGAAGGGCCCUGGGUCGAUUGUCAACGCUGCCAGCAUCUCUGGCCAGAUGGGAAACGCAUAUGCCUCCGCGUAUGCUACAAGCAAAUGGGCGGUAAUAGGAUUGACGAAAAGCGCUGCACAAGAAGUUGGUCCUCGCGGUAUUAGAGUCAAUGCUGUUGCCCCCGGAUUUGUUCACACUGCACUAACCAGGAGCAUUGCAUCCAAGGAGGAGCUGGAGAAAAUGUACUUGAAGAAUAUCCCCCUUGGGCGGAUGGCGGACCCCGAAGACAUAGCGAGAGUCAUAUUGUUUCUGCUAAGCGAGGAAGCAAGAUACAUAACAUCUUCGGUCGUCAAUAUCGAUGGAGGCUACCAGUGAGAACAACGGGAAUGACAGUUGGAAAAUGUGGGGCGGUCCCAGGAAAACAUAUGCCUACGUAGCCUGCGACAUUUCCGAGGACUGGUAGUCUGGAAUCUGG